AUGGUCGCAUUCAUCAUCCCCAGUAACUACGGUGCCGUGAUUGGCGUGGCGCUCGGCGCUAUCCCUGUCCUCGGAUUCGUUCACGGUAUCGUCACCGGCAGCCUGCGCAAGCAGGCCAAGGUGCCCUACCCCAACAGCUAUGCUUCUAUGGAGCUCUCCAAGGAGAAUGCCAAGGCAGAACAGUUCAACUGCGCCCAGCGUGCCCACUCCAACUUCCUCGAAAACUCCUCGCAGACCAUGCUCUUCACUCUCGUUGCUGGUUUGAAGUACCCUGAGUAUGCGGCUGGUCUUGGUGCUCUGUGGGUGUUCUUCCGAGUACUGUUCCUCUACGGCUACGUCUACUCCGGGAAGCCGCAGGGUAAGGGCCGCAUGAUUGGUAGCUUCUUCUGGCUGGUGCAGGGCGCACUCUGGGGACUGAGUGUGUUCGGUGUUGGACGGUCUCUGAUCUCUCUCUAA